UGCACAGGGCGUUGUGGACUCUGUCUCAUUCAUUCGCUGACGCUCGGGUCUUAAAGACGCAGAGCGGCGCGUUUGCGGAAAAACAGCGGUCCUGUCGGAGCAGCGCAGCUCCUCUGAGGAGUCGAGUUGCACCGGAUUCGACUCUCACAAACCACGAAUAUUUGUCGGUCCGAUUCCCUGAGGCGUUAACAGCUGCGUCCUCCCUCAAACCCGGGAACCUGGUUUUCUGCUGCGAUAUUUGCGGGAUUUUGUACAUUUUUGUACAUCUUUGGACAUCUUGGGACAUCUUUGGACAUCUUGGGACAUGGCGAAGUUGUUCCGUGCUGUGAUCAUGGGCCCCCCCGGAUCAGGCAAAGGAACCAUCUCCAAAAGAAUCGCGCACAACUUCGGCCUCCAGUAUCUGUCCUGCGCACAGUUUCUGCAGGACAUAGUAGCAUCAAAUCAAACGGAGGCAGGUGUGCUGGUCAAGUCCUACAUAGACAGACGGAUGCUGGUUCCUGACCACGUAGUGACCAGACUCAUGCUGCCCAAACUGGAACAACUGAGUGGACACAGCUGGCUUUUGGAAGGUUACCCCCGCACUCUGCGCCAGGCUCAGGCACUGAACGACCUUUACCCUCCGCACAUGGUGAUCAGCCUGAACAUCCCCUAUGAGACCCUGAGAGAGCGCCUGAGCGACAAGUGGAUCCACCCGGCCAGUGGGCGGGUCUACAACAUGACCUUUAACCCCCCAAGAGUCAAGGGUAAAGAUGACAUUACUGGAGAGCCGCUCGUUCAAAGUGAAGACGAUAAACCUGAGGCUCUGAUGGCCAGACUCCGACACUACAAAGACGUGGCCAAGCCCGUCCUCGACCUGUACAAGUCUCAGGGCAUCCUCCAUUCCUUCUCUGGCACAGACACUGACCGGAUUUGGCCGUACAUGAACUCCAUUCUGAGCGCUAAGUUACCAGGACUACACUCAGAACCUCACCCGCCCCAGACAACCUGAAC